UCAUAUUCAGGAAAUGAUAAAGAUGUUUUAUCUAUUUCUUUUGUUCAUUGGAUCUUUAGUAACAUUUGACAAUGUGUCAGCUUGUUACUGUCCACCCAGCAAACAAAUUGAUUCAAAACUGUUAAAAAAAUUGGGCAUUGCAGCACUUGAAAAUAAACUAGGUCAUUCAAGCAAGCAGAUAUGUGUUCCUUACACCACCACACUUAAAGAGUCAAAAUUGAUUCCUAACUUUGACAAAUCAAAGAGUGUUAUAUCUGAAACAUUCUGUGAUCCUAAGGACAGUGAUGGAUCUAUUACCUGUAAAAUAGAAAGCCCUUUCUUUGCAUUGAAAAAGUGCUACUCAUAAAAAUAUCUCUGUAUCAAUCAGGUAGUGUGACCUUCCUUUAUGGAGCAGACUUUCAAUGUUCUGGUCUCGAUCUACCAAAAGCUUCAAAUGCUAAGAAUGGUUCAUGAUAUUAUUAUUUUAUUUUCACUAUAGGGAAGUGCAUUGAUUCAAUUUUUCUACAAGACAAGCAAUAAUGUGGUACAACAGAUGAUGGUUGUUUCCCUGCCUUACAAGUGGACUUUGUUGUUGGAAAUGGGGCUAUAGUAUAUCUGGGUCGAUUGUGUACCCCAGCGAUUUAAACCUAAAUCAAGGUUUGCAAACAGAAAUAUAGAUCUAAAUG